UGCACGCGUGUACGUUGAAACCAGUGGGUGACUGCUUCCUGCUAUAGGAAAGCACACACCCAACUCACACCACAAGUAGCAGACUUCUUGAGAACAAGCUUGAUUAUUCUAGGCAGUGUGCACCAUCAGUGCUCUGCUAACUAUCACAGAUUCAGGCAUUUCUACAAUCAACUGCCACCAAAAACAGGAUGUCUCUGGAUAUCUGAAACCAGUUUGCUGUUGCCGAGCUGCCUCAUGGUCCUUCCUCAUAAUGCAGACUUCUCACUGAGCCAUGGGGUCGUUCAACAUCAGGAUGCUUCGGCUCGGGGUUUGGAGCGUCUUCCUCUUGCUCGCGGUGGAGUGUCGCUACACCGUCAGCAGCCCCGACAACCAAACCUCUCCUACAGAUGGAGGGGCGAACAAGACUUCCCUUCCUGCUGAACCGCAGGGGCUACACACCACCAUCAACUCCACUGUGCCUCCUUCUACAAACCAGACCCUGUUUUCUGCCUCCUCUAACAACGGUACGAGAAACACCCCCGCACCAGGAGAGCGCUCCAACACGGGGGCCUCCUCUACCAACGGUACGAUCGCCACCGUCACACCCCCUACCACACCAGCAGUACGCCCAAACACGGGGUCUUCCCCUACCAACGGUACGAUCACCACCGUCACACCCCCUACCACACCAGCAGUACGCCCAAACACGGGGUCUUCCCCUACCAACGGUACGAUCGCCACCGUCACACCCCAUACUAACGGUACCAGAACAAGCGUCCCACCAGGAGAGCACUCCACUCCCCCGGCCUCCUCUACCAACGGUACGAGGAGAAACGCCACACGGUCCAUCAUCCCCACCCUCCCUACCAAUUCAUCAGCGGUUCCCGGCGGAACCACGACGCCGACGCCGAGUACAGUGCCGGUAACCAGGCAACCCUGUCCUACUCCCUCCUCAAAAAACGGGACGGCCCCCCCUCAGCCCGGGGUCCCGGCAUGCGCCAGCAGCCCGAGCGGCGUGGUCAGCCAGUGCCUCGUCGCCAUCGGCCUGCUGGCCGCCGUGCUGACCGUCUUCUUCGUGUGCACAAUGGUGCUCUGCGCCAAGCUGUCGUCCCGGAAGUACAGCUUGGGCGGCCAGCGAGGGACGGAGAUGGUGUGCCUCUCCACCAUGAUGACCAGCCACAACGGCACCGGCAGCCGCCGCGCACACCUGGAGGGCCGCCGAACGCUGCUGACCGGCCCGGAGGACAGCGACGACGACGGAGGAGACAACCUGACUCUCAAUAGCUUUCUGCCGGAAGGCGACCGCAUGGUUUAGGUUAGGGAGGCGGGUUGAGGUUUUGUCCUGCGUGUGCUACGGUCAACGGAUCGACUCGCUCUCCCAUUAUAUUGAUAUUUUUCUAAUGUUUACUGCAUUCCAUCCCCUUUUAAACCUGACAGAGGGUGUUCUUUCUCGACAUGGAAUCAAUAAUUUAUACACAGGAAAGAUCUUGGAUGGAGGGCAUUUCAUUCUUAAACUCUUAUAAUUGGUACAAUUAUUGAAUGUAAGGGAUGGCUGUCAUUGAAAAGUACUUAUUAUUUGUAUCAACUGUUCCUGAAUCAUGUCAACUGUUACCUUUAGUGAGACCAAACCUAAGAUAAGCCAUCUCCGUUUCAGACUGUUGAAGUGUGAAAGUAGUAGUGUGUUAAUGACUGCUGAACGCCCCAUGCUUCAUAGUUGAUGUUUUGUGGUUACUUGUUCUUGCACAUGCGUUCUCCGUAGAGGAAGAGGCACGGAAACCACAAGCACGGAACUAACCAUGCACAGCAUUGACAUCUUCAGGCUCUUUUUACCAAAAACAUUAACUAUACAAUGCUGUGCAUUUGUGUAUUAUCCUGUAUUGUAUUGUAUUGAGUUUAUCGAGUCUAAGAUAUUCUGUUCUAUUAUAUACAAUACAUGUUCAACAUCAAUUUGACAUGUAUCACAAAGUUUGCUUUCCUUUGAAUCAAUUUGCUAAGAGCAACAAUUUGUAGCUGUAGAGGUCAUAAUUAUGAGCUCAAUAUCCUGCCAGGCUUCCUCAAUGUCUGAAUUCAUUUUGACCCCGAACUAAACUGAACAGCAAUUCCUUUCAUGUAGAAAUAAACCCACGCAUGCUGCUUAUAUUACAGCCUUGCAAAAAAA